AUGAGCGGAUCAUCGCCACCUUCAAGAAGAGACCUCACAUCAUGGUGGAGUGGCUUCAAGAGGAGGGCUAAGAAAGACGAAGAGAAGGCCGAGCCUCCAUCGGGCAUCUUUGGAGUGCCACUUGCCACCAGCAUCAAAUAUGCCAAUGUCGCUAUUUCUCUGACGAAUGAUAAAGGAGAGAGCUACACCUAUGGCUACGUACCAAUCGUCAUUGCCAAAUGCGGCGUUUUCCUCAAAGAGAAAGGGACAGAUGUGCACGGUAUAUUUCGUCUUCCGGGGUCUGCUAAGAGAAUAAAAGAUCUUCAAGCUGCAUUUGACUCACCUGAUCGAUACGGCAAAGGACUUGAUUGGACGGGAUUUACUGUCCACGAUGCAGCCAGUAUCUUUCGCAGAUACAUUAAUACGCUACCGGAGCCUGUGAUCCCCUUGGAGUUCUAUGACAAGUUCAGAGACGCCAUUCGGAAUCAUGUGAAAGCGGCAACAGGAGACCCAGAAGCACCACCAGAUCCCCUUCCCGCAGAGAAAUUCGACCACGCGAAUGUGAUCAUAGCGUACCAAAAGCUAAUUACAGAAAUACCUGCACUAAAUCGGCAAUUACUGCUCUACCUUCUCGACCUUUUGGCAGUCUUCGCAUCGAAAUCAGAGGCGAAUGGCAUGGACUCGUUUAACCUAUCCGCCAUCUUCCAGCCUGGAAUACUUUCGCAUCCAAGACACGAUCUCGAACCGAAGGAGUACAAACUCAGUCAAAAUGUUCUUGUAUACCUCAUCUUGAACCAGGAUCAUUUUCUAGUCGGGAUGAGCGGAACGGAAGCAGACGAAAAGACAGUUAAAGAAGUGCAGACAGCUGCCCAACGCCAACCCCAGACCCCAACUAAAACCCCUCAUGCAGGUCUUGGUCGCUCUGCUUCCAAUGCAAGUGCUGGUGCCGAUAGUCUUAGGAAACUGGGUGCUCUGAGAAGAAAUGCUUCUGCAUCCUCGAAGCAAUCUAACAGAUCCGGCAAGCCUUCGACCGGGUCCCCGGCUCCAAGUAGUCCAUUGGCAAACUCAACCUCAGGAGGUGGCGUACAUCGAAGCAGUACUUUACCAUCCAAAAGGUCUUCCGCUAUCGACUCCCCGGCAUUCUCGAGACACGCUGGCGCUGAGCCUGGACCGAGGUCUGCCAGCCACUCCCCAGCAAGUAAACCUGCCUCAACUCCUCAGGCGACACCUCCAAAGGCCGAGCCUGAUGUUGCGGCUUUGGAGCCAACACCAAACCCACCAUCGGCAGCUCUGGCCUCGACUCCGGAAGAGGUCACGAAUGCAGCGGGUGACCCCACCCCCUCGCGCAAAGUGAGCCGUGAGAUCCCCGCAAUAGCGUCAAAUGAGAAGCUUCGCCUACAAAAACCCGAGCAAGGUGUGACAACGACCAUAACAUCAGGAACGCCAACCAAAGACCGGAGAUCUCUCUUUGCCAAGUCACCGAAUGGCGAUAGUGAGCGGAAAGAUUUACGGCAGCCGAACAAGCUUAAGAAAAAAUCGCGUGCUGGAGAGUCUGCACAGAAUGCUAGCGCGCGAAGCUCUUCCCAAUCCCUUACGGACAGCGCUAGGGCAGUCGAAAAGCAUGUCAAACCGCCUUCAACGCCACCGAAAGAUCAGACAAAACCAGCAAUUCCUACAUUGCUAAGUACGGAAGCGUCCCCGACUGGAGAGGCGCCUCCUCGUUUGGGAGAGCUUGACAAAAUGAGUUCCUUUCAUGUCUCGAACAAGGGGAGCCGCGAGCCGAGCCCUGCAGUCAAGUCUGCCAAAUCUCCUGCGCCCUCACUACAUUCUGGUAUGGUGACAGAGGAGUCUGAAGUAGAGCACAACGAGAGUGAAUUGAGUGAAAAGGGACAGAAAAGAAGAAGUCGUUGGCGGCUGUCGAGUGCUCUGAAGAAAGAUCAUGAACCUAGCAAAGAAGGUCACCCUGCUACUAGCUUGAGCGCCGUUGCCGUACCUGAAGAAAGCCCUUCAGCGCUGGAUAGCCCAGAACGUAAACCUCGAAAAUCAGCGACUGAAGGCUCGCAACAAACAACAACAGGGACCGAGGGCUCAACUCCGUCAGCAGCACCUGUUUCCACAAGUGGGUCCACGCCAUCCAAAGAACACGAGUCGGAAGACAAGGAGCGCAAAGGGCUAUUUGGACGUAUAAAAGCCAAAGUUCAUCAGUCAAAAGAAGAGCGGAAGGAAAAAGAGCGAGCGAAGAGUCCACCUCCCAAGACUGGCGAGCUGGGGGCCAGCAAGCAGAGCUUGAAUGCUAUUGCAUCGGCAUCGGAAGGUUCCACAGGCGAGAAAGCGUCAGAGGCCAAGCCAGAGAUCAAGCCCGAGGUUAAAGUUGAGGAAGGACAAGAAAAGGCAUCGACAAUUGUGACAGAAAAAUCAUGA